UGCUCCAACUAAACACAAUUAUCUUCAGGUUCAAUAGAGGACACAUCAGAAUCAUCAUAGAAAUGUCCCUAGGCCUUGUGGUCAUUCUUUAUUCACUUUAUUUAAUGUCUGUGGCAGGGCAGAAAUUGGACCAGGAGAUAUCAUGGACUAGGACACAGGGACAGGCUGUCUCCUUCAGCUGCAAAGACAAGGACCAGUGUGAAACGUAUGUCUUCUGGUACCAGAAGAAGAAGGGAGAACCUUUUACCUUGAUUCUCGACAUCGAAAAGGAUAACUGCGCUGUCGAUGCAAGUUACAACCAUCCUCAAAAAUAUGAUUUCUCAUCCGUGAGAAAUAACAGAUGUGAUCUGAAGAUCCAGUUAGUUAAAGUCUCUCAUUCUGCCACCUACUACUGUGCCUGCUAUCUUUCUAGGAGUGUAUUUGGCUCUGGCACAAGACUUUAUGUGACAGACAACAAGCAUGUACAAAAACCCAAAGUGACGGUCUACCCAGCGUCCAGCCCUGAGCCGAAUGGGAAGACCACCCUGCUAUGUCUGGCAAGAGACAUGUUUCCAGACUUAGUCAAGAUCUCAUGGAAGAUGGAGGAUGAAUACAGCAGAACAAUGGAGGUGCCCAAAGCAGAGAGGGAAGAGCUGGAGCAGAGGGAGGAAGGACAGAUGACCAGUAUGAUCAUCAUUGACAAAGACAAGACAUACAGGAACAAAUACAUCUGUUCUGUGGAGCAUGAAUGGGGCAUUCAAGAUGUUGACAUACCAAGGGAUUCCUUCCCCUUCAUGUGCAGUCUGAACCUGGCUUCUCUGGUUUAUACAGUGAUGAUAGUGAAGAGCAUGGUGUACUGCUGUGGGCUCUCUCUCCUGCUGCACCACAGGAACAUGGGGAAGUAGACACAACACCUGUAGAAAGGAUACCCCCCCCCCAGUGUGGAUAAAGAUGUAGUAGUCUGGGAAUGACAUGGAUUUUACAUCCUAUUGAGGUCUAACAUCUCAAUUGUUGGCCUAUUGCCUUAAUUUUUUAACUGUUUAAUCUGUUUUUUAAUCUGUUUUUCAGAUGCUAAAAUAUUGUGAGCCAUAGAUUUCUAUGUCUUCCGAUAACUUAAUUAAAUAGACAAUUAUGACAUUAAUUGCAAAACAUUUCAUGUAAAUUGUGUUUCAUUGCUUAAAAUAAAAAUUAAGCCAAAUAUUGCAUUUUUUUUCAUAACUGUGGGGGCUACCCACUGCAGAACCUUGAAUAAAGGUUAAGUUAAGGUUGUCUGGAAAAUAAUUAAAGCAAAUCUUGAAGAUAGAUCCUGACGAUUCAAAUGUAGAAUGUUUUAUGAAGGUUUCCCUUGAGUAUCUGUCAUAUAGCUUAAAUAAUUUUGUACAAAAUCUGAAUUUGAUUUAUACAGAAAUAUUUUACCUAAAUAUUACAUUUAACAAUACAUUAUUAAAUAUGUAGGCUCAUGAUUUCCAAGUAUCCUAUGUCUCGUUAGCCAAUAUAAUAUUUCGUAACUUGUUGUGUGUAUAAAGUGUAUCCCCCCCCCAAUAAAUGUGUCCAUUUCAUAUCAUAAUUAAAUUAUUUUGUUCAUUACAUGAGAAAUAAAAAAUAUAUAUUUUAUAUUUUCAUUGAAGAACUAAAAUUAUUGCUUAUUAAGCAGACAUUGAUCCGAGUGAAAUGAUUAAUUGGUGUGUUUUUUUGUGUUUUUUUUGCAUUAAUACUAUGUUGUUGUUUACAUUGAUAGGUUUGUAUGAAGAGUAACAUUUUCCUGCGUAACACAUUAAUCAUGUCCUUUCAGAUGGGGAAGGGUUUAAUAAUUGCUGCCUUCAUGAAAGAAAUGUUACAACAAACAUUACUCUGCAAAGUAUUCUACAUACUGUAUUGUACAGUAUUGGGCUGUUUUGUAUGAGGAAAUUAUCACCAUAACAGAAAAAAAUAAAGGUUACU